AUGCCGAAACCAAAAGCUGCCAAAGCACCACCGCCACCAAAAGCACCCACGCAACAGUCAAAACCCCCAUCAUGGCCACAGUUUAAACCUCCCUUGCCUGUGGUCGACCUCGAGCUCGUUCCAAACCCAUCGACAUCAAAAAUCAUCACCAUUUCAUCCUUUUUUCCUCGCUCUCUGUGUCGAGACUACGUUAGCUUCCUCUCGUCACUGCCUCUCGUCACGACACCUGGGAAACCCAAGCGUGGCGAGGCCGUCCGUGUAAAUGACCGUUUCCAGGUAGACGAUGCGGUGUUUGCGAAAAUCUUGUGGGAAAAGACAGGGCUAAAAGAAGUACUUACCAGUGAAGAGUACACCGAGACGUGGGGAGGUGUACCGAUUGGUCUGAAUCCAAAUAUUCGCAUCUAUAGAUAUUCCAAAGGUCAAUAUUUUGACUGUCACUAUGACGACUACAACGACGUAAACCUUAACAUUGACGGCAGUCUUGUGGCAGCACGCACAACAUGGACCUUGCUUCUCUAUUUAACGUCUUCUGCAGAGGGUUGCAUUGGUGGAGAGACGGUAUUCUAUCCUCAUGAUAGACAAUCUGCCAAAGAAGAAAUUGCAGUUGCACUGGAGACCGGCACGCUGCUUCUGCACAAGCACGGUGACGACUGCCUGCUGCAUGAGGGACGAGAAGUGAAGCAAGGAGAAAAAUGGGUUCUCCGAACAGACCUCUGCAUCCGUCGAUAA